AACGGACUAAGAGCCCAGAACGACUUGUUUUGUGGGCGUGGAGGGAGUACUAGGCUCAUCGUCUCAUCCCCUCCGCGACCGCGAGCGCCUGCGGAGCUGCGCCUCCCAAGCUGCGGAUUACACAACCUCGGUCAAAAAAAUCACCCACUCUCUCCCCGCCACGUCUCCCCUCCCCGGCCAUGGGAGCGGCCAUGCUCCUCGCUCCCAUGCCUCUCCUCCUCCUCGCCUCCACUCCCCUCGCCGCCGUCCACCUCCCCACCCGCUGCCGCCUCCGCCUGCAGCUCCUCUCCCGCGCCGCGCCCGAAGCCGCCUCCGCCACCACCACCACCACCACCGCGCCCGACAACCACUUCUCUGUCGAGGAAUACCUCAUCUCCAACUGCAAUCUCACCCAGCCACAGGCCCACAAGGCGUCCAAGAGCAUCGCCCACCUCAAGUCCCGCUCCAACCCCGACGCCGUCCUCGCCUUCCUCGCCGACUUCGGCCUCUCCCCCAAGGAGGUCGCGGCCAUUGUUGCCUCCAACCCGCGCAUCCUGUGCGCCCGCAUCGACCGCUCCCUUGCACCCAUCUGCUCGGAGCUCCGCGCCGUCGGCCUCUCCCCCUCCCAGAUCGCCCGCCUCGCCCAGAUCACCGGCCGCUACUUCCUCUGCCGCAGCUUCGUCUCCAAGGUGCGGUUCUGGCUCCCCCUCUUCGGCUCAUCGGAGAGGCUUCUCCAGGCCAGCGACUGGAACUACUGGCUCCUCACCUCCGACCUCGAGAAGGUGGUCGAGCCCAACGUCUCCUUCCUCAAGGAAUGCGGGCUAAGUGCUCGUGAUAUUUCCAAGCUGCUCGUGGCCGCGCCGCGGCUUGUCACCAUGCACCCGGAUUACGUCAAGGACGCCGUGCGGCGUGCCAUCCAGCUCGGCGUGGCCCCGGGCUCCCAGAUGUUCCGGCACGCGCUCUCCACCGCCGGCUGCAUCGGCCAGGACAAGAUCGACGCCAAGGUCGCCGUCCUGAAGGAGAGCCUCGGGUGGUCGCAGGAGGAGGUGAACCUGGCCGUGAGCAAGGCGCCGCGGAUCCUGGUCGCGUCCGAGGAGAGGCUGCGCCGCAACGCGGAGUUCUUGAUCGACGAGGUCGGGCUGCAGCCGCAGUACGUCGCGCGGCGGUCGGUGCUGCUCAUGUACAGCCUCGAGAGGAGGCUGGUGCCCCGCCAUCUCGUGGUGAAACUUCUCAAGGAGAGGGGUCUGAUCGAGCAAGACCGGUGCUUCUUCAACGCGGUGGCGCCAACUGAAGAGAAGUUCUUGGAGAAGUUUGUUGUCCCCUUUGAGGGGUGCGUCCCGGGUCUCGCCGACGCCUACGAGUCUGCCUGUGCCGGGAAGACGCCGGUGCAAGCUGAGUAGUGACCGGACUUGGGGGAGAACAAUGGAGGCUUACACUCUAGCUGGCUUCUGGCAUGAUCAGCGAUCACGAUGUCCUGAUGUGCAUCUUCCAAUUCCAAGUUGAACGAGAGAAAGUGAAGAACCAUCUGAGCAAAGAUAUAACUAGAUAAAUUGCGGGACUAGGGAAGAACACUCUACAUAAGGAGAUGGAAAAGGUUGAUCUGGUUCUCAGCAAAUCAUCAGAAUGAGGAGUGUUCCUCUACGGCAUAGAACAAGUUGCGGCUGAAGCUUUAGAAGAGGUUAUUUUUCAAGCUGUUCAACUGGAUAGGCAGAGGCUUUCCUAUCGUAUACUAGCAUGUUUCUUGGAUUGCAUGCCUACUGUUGCAAAGCAAAAACUUAGGCAACCCAAGAUUAGAAAAAGCACUACUCCAUAUACUUCAUUCACCCGUUUCUAAAUAUUUGACACCGUUGAUUU